AUGGCGCACCACAUCGCCAGAGACAUGGCCUACUCCGCCAUAGGUGGUAGCUCCGGCGAGGGUUCGGCUGUUCCCCGGCGGACACAACUUCAGCUCCGGCGAGCGCCUUUGAUCUCAGGCGACAAAGUUCUGCUACGUGCAUGUACCGAGAUCCUCCAAUUGUUUUCUCUGAUGCUCCUCCGGCUGGAUCCGCUGCAAAUUGGUUCAGUAACAAGAAAAAAAGGUUGUGUAAAAUUGGAAAAGGUUACUUUCAGUGACCCUGAAUGUUGCUUUGAUUCAGAGAAUGCAACAGCACUGCAUCAUACCGAAGAUGGGGCGGCAAAUGAGGAGAGUUUUGUUCAGCAACCUUUCACAAGUCAUGGUGGUGGGGAUUCAGGUGGUGUCCUAAACACUCACGGUGGAAUGCAUGAUGCAGAUGAGGAUGAUGAUAUUUCAUCUCAGCCACUUCUGCCCUAUGUUGGCAUGGAAUUUGACUCAAUUGAAGAUGCCCAAAAGUUCUAUAAUGACUACGCAUUUGGAACGGGUUUUGGCUCACGCAUAGCUUCCUCAAAGAACAGCCAGAAGAAAGGUCCACAACAACUUAUCAAGAGGGUCUUCCAAUGUGUGCAUGCUGGCAAACCGGAGACUACAUGUGAGACAAGCAGCCACUCGGAAGGAAUUGCAGCAGGGGGAAGCUCAUCAAGCAAGCAGGCCGGGGUUGAAAUGGAUGUGACAGUCAAGCGUCAGAGGAAUCGGAUUAUGCGUUAUGAUUGCAAAGCUCAUAUGAUUGUUGGCCUCAGGGGCAAUAAGUGGGUUGUUACCUACUUUGUUGCACAGCAUACACACCCUUUGAUGCAGCAUGAGGAGAUUGUGAGGUUCUACCGCUCACACCGCAAAAUUCCAGAAGAAGAUUACCAACUACUGAUGACAAUGCAUGAUGUAAACUUGUCAACUACAAAUUGCAUGGGAAUGCUUGGAAUGGUCCAUGGCGGAGACCGGAGGAAACUGCCAUAUGUGAAGAGGGAUGUUUCAAAUGCGCGUUCCAAGCUGCGACAAAAUCAGUCAUUUCAGGACAUGGAUAUGACGGUUGCUUACUUUAAGAGGCGUCAAGCUGAGAAUGCUCAAUUCUACUACGCAACAGAAGUUGACAAAGAAACAAACGAAGUGACAGCUCUGUUUUGGGUGGAUGGAAGGACAAGAGCAUUGUACCCAAAGUACAAAGAUUGUGUGUUCUUUGACACAACAUUUUGCACAAAUCGGUACAAUCUGCCUUUCGCUCCUAUUGUUGGUGUGAACAACCACUUGCAAACCGUGCUGCUAGGUUGUGCCUUGGACAAGGCAAUGGAAACAGCAAUAAAAGAUGUCUUCCCAAACACAGUGCAUAGGUGCUGCAAAUGGCACGUCCAGCGAAAAGCAAGGGAAAAGUUGGGUAGGAUCCUGAGCAUGGAUGAAAAUUUUGAGCAGGUUUUCUAUGGGGUUAUCAAUGAUUCGGAGACGGUGGAUGAGUUCGAGGAGAAUUGGCAGCAUAUGCUGCAUUGCUUUGAAUUGGUUGACAACAGACAUCUAAGCAACAUGUGGCGUAAGCGAGAGACAUGGGCUCCAGCAUACUUCCGAAAGAACUUCUUCCCAUUUACAAGCACUACAGGGCGGUCUGAGGGUCUCAACUCCUACUUCAAGACAUUUGUCAACCCUCAAGACUCUGUCUGGAGAUUUGUACAACAAUAUGAGGUGCUUCAAGAAACAAUGUUGGACCGUGAAGACAAUCAAGCUUUCAUAGGCCACGCAACAACUGCACCACUUUACUCAAGGUACAACUUUGAGCGCCAAGCAGUUCACUUCUAUACCCGAAGCGUGUUUCUCAAGUUUCAAAAAGAGGUCAUGGCAUCAACAGGCUUCAUCAUGAACCUGGCCCCUGCUCUUGACAAUGCAAGCAUGAGGUUUGAGCUGCACUCAAAUUACUUUGAGAACCCCCGAAUAUUUUCAGUGAAUGUUGUGUUGGCAGAGGAGAAGUUUGAAUGCAGCUGCAACUGUUUUGAGAUGAAUGGGAUUAUUUGUGCACACAUCAUAAGGGUAAUGGUGCAUCUCAAUGUCCAAAAAAUUCCACAAAGAUACAUGCUAGAGAGGUGGUCAGAAGCUGCGACAACGGCAAUGAGCGGUGGUGGAUGUCUCCUAGAUUUUGGGCACCCUGCAACCAACACUCUCAAGUACAACGCCUUGUGCAGAAAGUAUACAUGGUUGGCUUCACAAGCUUGCAGCAAUGAUCUUGCCUACAAAAUAAUGAAUGAUGCAGCUCACCAACUUGAGCCCCUCAUAGCUGCAGCAAAGCAAGGGGCGCUCCCAGAACAGCAGGAAGCAAAUCAGCCGCAAGCAAUGCAACAGCAACAACAAACCCCCGAGCCAACCACUGUGCCGCAACCUGAUGGCGAUGCCAUGCUUCAGAACCCCGCACGUGUUCCAAAAAAAGGGCGUCUGACUGAAAAAUCAAAGAGGAGAAAGACUCUGCUUGAGCAACGAGAAGAUGCACAUAAGAAUAAAGCUAAGAAAGAUGAAAAGAAGCAAACCAAGCCCAGAGGAAAACCUGGACCAAAGAAGAAAGCGCCUCCUUGUUCGUACUGCAACGAAGAAGGUCACGGUGUCCAAACAUGCCAGUACUUGAAGGCUGCAAUGGGGGUCAAAAAAUGUCCCUACUGUGAAGAGCAAGGUCAUGCUGUGCAAGAAUGUCCCUACCUAAAAGCUGCAAUGAAGACAGAUGCUAGCAUGGCUAGAGCAACAGAGCUUAGGCUGUGA